CAUGGCCGAGGGCGGCGGGGGUGCGCGGAGGAGGGCGCCGGCGCUGCUCGAGGCGGCCCGCGCGCGCUACGAGAGCCUGCACAUCUCGGACGACGUGUUCGGCGAGUCGGGCCCGGACAGCAGCGGGAACCCCUUCUACAGCACGUCGGCCGCCUCGCGCUCCUCCUCGGCCGGCUCCUCGGACGACGAAGCCGAGCGCCCCGGCCCCGCGCGGGGCUCCGGCGCCCCCGCCGCCGCCGCGCAGGAGUCGGAGGAGGACGAGGCUGGCGCGGGCUGGAGCGCCACGCUGCGGGACCGCCCGGCCCCGCACUUCGAGGGCACCGGCGGUCCCACCCGGAAGAUGCCGCCCAGCGCCAGUGCCAUGGACUUCUUCCAGCUCUUCGUCCCUGACAACGUCCUCAAGAACAUGGUGGUGCAGACCAACCUGUACGCCAAGAAGUUCCAGGAGCGGUUCGGGAGCGACGGGGCCUGGGUGGACGUGACGCUGCCGGAGAUGAAGGCGUUCCUGGGCUACGUGAUCUCCACCAGCACCUCCCACUGCGAGUCUGUGCUCAGCAUCUGGAGCGGCGGCUUCUACAGCAACCGCAGCCUCGCCCUGGUCAUGAGCCAGGCCCGCUUCGAGAAGAUCCUCAAGUACUUCCACGUCGUGGCCUUCCGCUCCAGCCAGACCACGCACGGCCUCUACAAGGUCCAGCCCUUCCUGGACUCCCUGCAGAAUGGCUUCGACUCCGCCUUCAGGCCUUCCCAAACCCAGGUGCUACAUGAACCCCUGAUCGAUGAGGACCCUGUGUUCAUUGCCACGUGCACGGAGCGGGAGCUGCGGAAGAGGAAAAAGCGGAAAUUCAGCCUCUGGGUCCGGCAGUGCUCUUCCACCGGCUUCAUCAUCCAGAUUUACGUCCACCUGAAGGAAGGCGGGGGCCCUGACGGGCUGGACGCGCUGAAGAACAAGCCGCAGCUGCACAGCAUGGUGGCCAGGAGCCUGUGCCGGACCGCGGCCGGGAAGAACUACAUCAUCUUCACGGGGCCCAGCAUCACCAGCCUGACCCUGUUUGAGGAGUUUGAAAAGCAAGGGAUCUACUGCUGCGGGCUGCUCAGCUCCAGGAAGAGUGACUGCACCGGCCUGCCGCCCUCCCUGCUGAGCAGUCCGGCCUUGCCGCCCGCCCGGGGCCAGCACAGCAUCCGGGUGAAGGGGAGCAUGUCCCUCAUCUGCUGGUACAACAAGGGGCACUUCCGCUUCCUGACCAACGCCUACUCGCCCGUGCAGCAAGGCGUGAUCAUCAAGAGGAGGAGUGGGGAGAUCCCCUGCCCGCUGGCCGUGGAGGCCUUCGCCGCCCACCUCAGCUACAUCUGCAAGUACGAUGACAAGUACAGCAAGUAUUUCAUUUCUCAUAAACCAAACAAGACCUGGCAACAGGUGUUCUGGUUUGCCGUCAGCGUCGCCAUCAACAACGCCUACAUCCUGUACAAGAUGUCGGAGGCCUACCACGUGAAGAGGUACAGCCGGGCCCAGUUCGGGGAGACACUCGUGCGAGAGCUGCUGGGCCUGGAGGACACCUCUCCGAGCCUCUGAUGCCGCGGGCGCGGCCCGGGUUAGGUAAGGACCGGGUCCAGGGAGGGGCGGGGGAGCCUGACGUCCGACCCGCCGGCCAGAGACCCGGAGACGCCCUGCGUGGGGCUGCGGCCCGGGAGGGGUGCUCAGGGCCUCUGGAGGGACCAGGACGGACCUGGUCAGAGGAUGGCGCCACCCCGCUUUCCACGCAAAGAAGAGCACGGCCUCCCUCCGGAGAGCGGGGCAUCCUGCAGGUGCGGCCCCGAGCCAGACCCUCCGUGCAGCCAGCGCGGGGCAUGGAGGGCACCCUCACGACGCCCCGGAGGCCGCGGGAGAGCCCGCUCAGCACAGGGGGCCUGGGAGGGCUGCAGCCACCAGGGGCGCCAGGGAUGGGAUGAGACGAGCCGGAGCGCGUCCUGCUGGGUGAAGAUGGAGAGACGUCGUGACGUGGUUCGCGCCUCGCCGUGCCUGCGGGUGGCGGGAGGCGAGCCGGGUGGGCUCUGCGCGGCUGGGACUGCUCAGGUGUGUGCGGGAGCCCGGAGGGUUCCCCAGCGUUUGCCCUGUGCAGGCAGCUUAGAACGGGGCUCGCAGAAGAAGAAACACAACCCGGCGCCACGAAAAGGCAGCGACGGCGCGGGGAGCGGGGCCCUCUGAUACGUCCACGCGGCCUUCCUGCCCAUCCCUGCGUGGCUGGUGGACGGGGAGAAAGGGAGAAUGGCAGUGAAGUGUGAGGCCGGUUUUUAUUUUUAAAUAUAUCUUCAGGUUAUUUUCUUACUGUUGCUUCAGAUCUUCUGUAAAAGGAAAUGUCCCUCUUCUUUUCUGCCCUCCCCCUCUCACCCCACCCUGUCGUGGCUCUUUGCAUGAUCACAGGCCUGGACCUGGGCCAGAGAGGGCACCUCGCGUCCAUCAGACCACGGGGGCCUGCGGGCCUUGAGCUCGGUCAUCAUUAGCAGAACCACUUGUUUUGGAAAAUACAUAGCAUGGCUGAGACAACAGAAUGUCUCUACGGAUGACCACUCGCGAACUCUCUCCCUCGCAUGGUCACCGGGCAGUGUCUGCCGGCCUCACAGCACCCCUCCGAACUGUGUGGUGGGCAUUGGCAAACCCACCUGUACCAGCUUGGCUGGGCGUGAUUCCCGCGGGCCGGGGGCCUGCUCACCGCCAGCCCGAAAGGCCUACGUGACGAGCAGUGACAGCAAGGGCUUCGCUUACUGCCCAGAACACUUGGGCCUUUUCUGAACCAAGGUCCACCGGUCUCCCUGGGAGACCUCGGCCAGGGUGGUCGGCUGGUCUGGCUGUCCCCGCAGAUAAGAAACAAGUAAUUUCUAGAGUUACGUGAUCCCCCUUCAACCCAGUUUAUGUCGCCCCCCUUAUUUUUACAGAUGCAAACCUACUCUACUCAGGCUUUGGGACGUUCUUCCCUGUUGUCACUCAGUUAAUUAAAAGUGUUGCUGGCGGCAUGCUCCCAACUCACAUCAUUUCUGUCCCCGGGUUCAUGACGGUCACCUCACCUGUGGUUUUAAUCCGAUGCCACGGAUCGUAGGCCAAAUUUUAAAUCGCGUCUCAACACACCUUUGCCGUGUCCUUUAAUUGGAUUGGAAGCACUUUUACCACAUGGAGAAAUCUAUUUUUAAUUUGUGAUGCUUUUCUACAAGGUCCACUAUUUCUGAGUUUAAUGCGUUUCCAACACUUAGGGAGACUCUAAUGAAAGCUGACGAAUUUUCUUUUCUGUCCAAAUAAGUAAAAGAAAAAAAUAAAAGUCUAUUUAGAUGUUGA